GACUAGGAAACCCACGGGAGGUAUAUUUUUUCUGGAUUUUCGAGAAAGACGCUUCCCUCUCAAUGCACUUCGACGGACUCUGACAGACAGACAAGCAUUUUGAAGCCUUGGCGAGGUCAGGACCUAGGGAUGUCCCGAAGGCAGGGAACGCCCACAGUCACUAUUUGCGGUUGCGCGUAGCUCAGGAAUCCGGAAGGGGGCGUGGCGCCAGCGGCCGGCGUGCCGGGACUCGGUGGUUCCUGCGUGCAAGUGACUCUAGCUUGCAGAUGGCGGAAAUGGACCUGGCCGCGGACUUGCCGCGACCCGAGGGUGCUGCGCGCUGGGCAGAGGUUAUGGCUCGCUUUGCGGCCAGGCUGGGCGCGCAGGGCCGGCGGGUGGUGCUGGUCACGUCGGGAGGCACCAAGGUCCCCUUGGAAGCGCGAGCCGUGCGCUUUCUGGACAACUUCAGCAGCGGGCGACGCGGGGCAGCGUCGGCCGAAGUCUUCCUGGCUGCGGGUUACGGGGUCCUGUUCUUGUACCGAGCGCGCUCAGCCUUCCCCUAUGCCCACCGCUUCCCGCCGCAGACCUGGCUGUCGGCCCUGCGGCCUUCUGGCCCAGCCCAGUCGGGGAAACUGAGUCUGGAGGCCGAAGAGAAUGCACUCCCGGGCUUUGCUGCAGCAUUGCAGAGCUACCAAGAGGCAGCUGCUGCCGGCACCUUCCUGGCAGUGGAGUUUACCACUUUGGCGGACUACCUGCAUCUACUGCAGGCUGCGGCUCUGGCUCUCAACCCACUAGGCUCUUCUGCGAUGUUUUACCUGGCUGCGGCAGUGUCAGAUUUCUAUAUUCCUGUCUCCGAAAUGCCUGAACACAAGAUCCACUCAUCUGGUGGCCCACUGCAGAUAACGAUGAAGAUGGUGCCCAAAAUGCUCUCUCCCCUGGUUAAAGAUUGGGCUCCCAAAGCCUUUAUAGUUUCCUUUAAGCUGGAAACUGACCCCGCCAUCAUCAUUAAUCGUGCUCGGAAUGCUUUGGAGGUUUAUCAGCAUCAGGUGGUGGUGGCCAACAUCCUCGAGUCAAUACAGUCCUGUGUGGUUAUCGUCACCAAAGACUCAGAAACCAAGUUACUGCUGUCGGAGGAUGAAAUCGCCAAAGGCGUGGUGAUAGAGGAGAAGAUAGUGGAGGACCUUCGCUCGCGACACACGGCGUUUAUAUGUGACAAACUCUGAGGGAAGCGCUCGCCUAGCGUCCCAACCAGGGUUCUUACAACUGACAGGAAGUAGGAUGAAUCCUUUGCUAAGGAUACAGACAGUGAGGAAACAGUGUGCAGGCAAAUAAUGUCGGUAUUUUGUUUCUGACUGAACCGCUUGACACACACCUCUUGAUUUGGAAAUGGAACAAGAACUGUUUUUCACUUUUUACAAAGCCGACUGGAAUUUCGUGUUCUUCAGAACAAAUGUAGGGGACUUAAACUGAAU